GAGAGAGGGAGAGAGGAAGUCGGAGAAAGAGCUAAGGACAGUCUCAUUCUUGCCCUCUGAGAUCACAGUGCCGGAGAAUGUGUUAGAAUCUGACCAAGUCUUUCUGCCUGGGAGCGAGACAACCGGGAACUUUAACUGGUGGCUAGACACCGGGUUUGUUUCCAGGAGACAGGGCUUGUUUCCAGGACACGGGGCUUGUUUCCAGGACACAGGGCUUGUUUCCAGGACACAGGGCUUGUUUCCAGGACACAGGGGUUGUUUCCAGGACACAGGGUUUGUUUCCAGGACACAGGGCUUGUUUCCAGGACACAGGGCUUGUUUCCAGGACACAGGGCUUGUUUCCAGGACACAGGGGUUGUUUCCAGGACACAGGGCUUGUUUCCAGGACACAGGGCUUGUUUCCAGGACACAGGGGUUGUUUCCAGGACACAGGGCUUGUUUCCAGGACACAGGGCUUGUUUCCAGGACACAGGGCUUGUUUCCAGGAGACAGGGCUUGUUUCCAGGACACGGGGCUUGUUUCCAGGACACAGGGCUUGUUUCCAGGACACAGGGCUUGUUUCCAGGGCUAAAUCUCUGCCCUGUUGCUCCGGUCUGGAGUCUGUCGGACGGACUCACACUAUCGGGCUGAAAAUGAACUAUCUGAACGUUCUGGCCAAGGCCCUGUACGACAAUGUGGCUGAGUCUCCAGACGAGCUGUCCUUCCGGAAAGGUGACAUCAUGACGGUACUGGAGCGGGACACCCAGGGUCUGGAUGGCUGGUGGCUCUGCUCUCUGCAUGGACGCCAGGGCAUCGUCCCUGGAAACCGCCUCAAGAUCCUGGUGGGCAUGUAUGACAAGGCUGGGCAGCAGCAGUCUCCACUCCCCCAUGCCUCCCAACCUGGCCCUGCCCAGAGCCCGAGCCAGCUGGCCUUCCCCAUGCAGAGUGCCUACUGCAAGCCCUCCCCCUCCUCCCAGUACACAGCCAUGCACCCUGCCUUCUCCAACCCUGGGCCUGUCCCCGCCCUACCGGACAGCAUCUACAUGAUGCCCCCCAACCAUGGCAAGCCUUCUUCUUCAAGCCUGUACCAGAUACCCAUGGGCCCCCAAGCCCCACCCAAGGCCCCCAUGCUCUCCCAGAAGAAGUUCCACGCUCCUGUUCAGGACAUCUAUCAGGUGCCUCCCUCAGCAGGAGGGCCUGGUCCUGGGCAGGAUAUCUACCAGGUUCCCCCCUCACUGAACCAGAUUCAGGACAUCUACCAGAUCCCCCCCUCCAUAGAGAAGAGGAGCUGGGACUCCUCCAAACCUCUAGGAAAGGUGGUGGUGCCAACGCGAGUGGGUCAGGUAUAUGUGUAUGACACAGGGAAGUCAGAGCAGGAUGAGUAUGACGUCCCCCCCAGACACCUGCCUCCAUCCCAGCAGUCCCAGGACAUCUAUGACGUUCCCCCGACCCACGGCCAAUACAACCAGCAGGUGUAUGACACACCACCCAUGGUGGUGAAAGGCCCCCCCAGUGGCCAAGACGUCUAUGACACGCCCCCCAGUGUGGACAAGAGCCAGCUGUUCUCCCAGCAAACGGUGUACGACUUCCCCCCCUCCGUCAGUAAGGAUGUUCCAGACGCUCCUAUCAGGGAGGAGACCUAUGAUGUCCCCCCCCACUUUGCCAAGCUGAAGAGUCUGGAGAGCCAGAGCCAGGGCUAUCUGAUCCCCGGGGGGCCUGAGCCCCCCAUCCCUGAAGAUGUGUACGAUGUCCCUCCCCCUCCCCUCACCGGCAAGCGCCACCCAGACGCCUAUCACACCCCCCUGGGCCAGGAGAUCUACGACAUCCCUGCCAGUCUGAGGAAGGGCGGACACCAUAACCCCCAGGAUGUGUACGAUUUCCCACGCGAGCGGCCUGCGUGCGAGGACUCCAUCUAUGACGUCCCUCCUCAGGUGGUGAGAGACGCGGGUGCCACAGAGGAGAUGACUGUCAGCUUCAAACGCCUGUCUGCCUCCAGCACGGGCAGCACCCGCAGCAACCUGUCCACCUCCUCUCUGGACAUGGUGCCAGUCAGGGAAUCGGCGGUGCCCAGCCAGGCCGGCCCGGGGAAACUGUUGAUCCUAGACCUGGAGCAGGCCAUGGAGCGCCUCUCCCACCUACAGCAGGACGUGGAGGGCUCCGUCUCCCUCCUCAUGUCUUUCAUCAGUGGGAACUGGCGCAGCCCCACCCAGAUGGAGGCCAACCUGCCAGCCAUCAGGAAGGCAGUGGACAGGAUGAGGGCGGCCGUCAGGGACCUGCUGGAGUUUGCACGGGGGGCCGUGGCCAACUCUGCCCAGGCCACUGACCGCACGCUGCAGGCCAAGCUGGGCAAGCAGGUGCAGAAGAUGGAGGAAGCCUUCCAGGGCCUGGUCAAGUACAGCCAGGCUCUGGACGCUGUGGGCUGGGCCCCCUCUGCUCAAAUGGCACCCUUAGCAGGCAAUGGUGGGGAUGACCUGGACCGGCUGGUCAUGUGUGCCCGGGGCGUGCCCGACGACACGAAACAGCUGGCUUCCUUUCUCCAUGGCAACGCCUCGCUGCUCUUUAAAAGGACAAACAAGCAGCAGCAGCUUCCUCUUGCCCACGUCCCCCACACUGCUGACCUCAUGGGUCAGAUGACCAACAACAACAUCUCAGCUUAUCAGACAGGAGACGGCAGGGCCAACAUCCAGUCCCGGCCCCUGCCGUCCCCGCCCAAGUUCACGGCCGAGGAGGAGACCCAUGACCGGCCCUACGAGACUACAGAGGAGGGCUGGAUGGAGGACUAUGACUAUGUGCAUUUACAGGGUAAGGAAGAGUUUGAGAAGAAUCAGAGGCAAUUAUUGGAGAAAGGGACCAGACACAACAAAACCACACUGGAACGGCAGCAGCUGAAACAGUUUGAGCGACUGGAGCAGGAAGUCAGCCAGCCAAUCAACAAUGACAUCUCAGGCUGGACCCCGCCUCCCCACUAUCCAGCGGCCCAGCGGAGCAAGCUGAGCAUGGGCGACCGACAGCUGCUGCUCUUCUACUCGGAGCAGUGUGAGGCCAACGUCACCACCCUCACCAACGCCAUCGACGCCUUCUACUCCUCCAUCAACAACAACCAGCCGCCCAAGAUCUUCGUGGCUCACAGCAAAUUUGUCAUCCUCAGCGCACACAAGCUGGUGUUCAUCGGGGACACGCUCUCUCGACAGGCCAAGUCCCCAGAGGUGCGGGCGCACGUGGCCCAGCACAGUAAUGCUCUGUGUGACAAACUCAAGGACAUCGUGGUGAGCACCAAGACUGCAGCGCUGCAAUAUCCUUCCCCCGGUGCGGCGCGAGACAUGACGGAGAGGGUGAGGGAGCUGGCCGGCUGCACACAGCAGUUCCGCAUGGCUCUGGGCCAGCUGGUGGCCAUGUGAACCUCCGGUCCUGAGACACUGACAUGGGGAGUCCACACUGGGACACACAGCACCCACACACCCAGUGGGCCACUAUCACAGACACAUGGACCCUUCAUCCUCCUCUUGUGCUUUUUAUUUUUAAAAAGGACAACUAUCUGACUGGGCUGGGCCAUAGGUUGUAAAUUAAUCAUUGUAAAUAUUUAAGUUACUAUUAGCCAGAAAGAAAAUGUACUUCCACUAUAUAUAUGUUUUUGAGACCUUCUGGAAAAACUCAACAGGAUGUAGUUUUUAGGCAAUGUCCAUUAUGAUUAUUAUUGCUAAAUUGUAAUUAUUGCUCUGAUUAUUAUAAUUGUUAUCAUUAUUGUUAUAAUACGUUGAUUAAGGAUGUUUACAUUUCAAACAAAAUGUAUGUAGUACUUAAUGCUGUUUUUCAUCCUAGAUUAUCAAUAAUGGUGGAUUUUGUAAAAGUCAUGUACUUAGAAUAUGUUGACAGAAAAUAAAUAGCUUUCCUUAGAGCUGUCAAAGGAGGCUAGGCAUUGUGUUGUGAGUGCAAGGCAUUCUGGGUAGGACCUGGGAGGGAGAGGUUUCCAUGACAGACAGUUAAUAAAGUUCUCACUGCUGUCAUGGGAAAGGUUUCAUUUGAGUAGCUCUACAUGCUAAUUAAAAUGUCCCAAUUAGAAUACUGUAUUUUAGUACCAUCUCUUCCUUUGAGAUUGAAGGAAGAAUGAAAAUAGUUUUAUGGUCAGCAUUUCUACUUCCCUUGUUUAUCAAAAGCACAAAGAUUUAUGCAUCUGUCUGCUGCCACUAGAGUGCUAGUAUUCACCAUACUCUCCCAGACUCUCCUAGGCCUGCAUGCUCUGUGGUCUAUAGGGUUGGUUUGGACUCUUGUGACUGUUCUAGAAGUCUGUUCUAGAAGUCUCCUGUGCUCCUUACCAGGCUCUCUGCUCACCUCCCAGAGGUGGAACUCUGCCUCUCCUCCCCCUAGCACUUCCUGGACAGCACUGCUGCACCCUGCAGGCCAGGGGAACCUGGAAUGGUUAGGUGUACUGUUUGUGAGGAUAUAAUUGGUGUGAAAAGUGCAUUUGUUUUCCUUAGCAUGCACUCAACUCCCUUGUAAAUUGAUGAGCAUAUUAAGGAGUGGUUGUUUAUGAGCUCCACUUCUGCUUUUUACCAAAUGGAUGUACACACACACACACACACGUAAGAUAUUGACGGUAAUAUCUGUUAGCCUAACAUGAACCAUUCUUGACACUAUUCAAAUCACAUUGCCGCAGCUGUAUCAUAUUCCACUUCAAUAGCUGUACCAGAGGGAUGUGAGUUAGCUUGGUCAGGGGGUGUGUUUUACUAUUUCUUCAGUCCUGGAGAAAUCUCCAAACAAAGCAGAGGAAUCUGCUAACACUCUAGUUUCCAUUGACCUGUUUUCUAAAACCUGGCUGGUUGUAUUCUAAGUAUCAGAUUAUGUCAGAGGGUGAAGUUCAAUGCAACAUAUUGUAUUAUAAAGCACUGCAACAUGUUGUUGUGGAUAUAGUUGAAACCCCUAUGAAGUAAAAAAAAAAAAAUACAUUGAAAACUAAGCUGACUGGUAAUGUUAUUCUGGUCUCAAAUCUGUGUUUUAAGAUUUGAAAUAUAUAUGUUAAGAACAUACUUCUGCUGUACAUUGCAUAACUGGAAAAUACAGUGCUUCGGAAAGUAUUCAGGGCCCUUGACUUUUUGUUACGUUACAGCCUUAUUCUAAAAUUGAUUCAAUUGUGUUUUUCCUUCUGAUCAUUCUACACACAAUACCCCAUAAUGACAAAGCAAAAACAGGUUUUUAGAAAUCUUUCCAAAUUUAUAACAAAUAAAAAAACUUAUGUCAUUUACAUAAGUAUUCAGACCCUUUACUCCGUACUUUGUUGAAGCACCUUUGGAAGCGAUUACCGCCUC